AUGGCAUCUUUAGUAGUUUCUAAUAUUCCUCUUUGUGUCAGCGACGUCACUAUUUUGAAAUUUUUGAACGACAAAAGUCAUGCUGCUCAUAUCGAACAUAUUCAGCCAUUUCCCGAUGCUUAUCAUUGCAUCAAUGACAAGGCUUCCACCAGAUGUUUACAGCUGUUUUUGAAAAACUCUGAUCAAGUUAAUUAUGUGAAAGACCUUUUCGAAAUGGACAAAACUUUGGAUGCUUUAAUUGAAAUUCAAAAUGACCUGAUCCGCUCCCAUAAGAUGGACAACAAUGCAAUGCCUCCCUCUUCAUUUUCGGGGAGGAGGCUUUCGGUGACGACUUCUUGA